AUGACCUCUCCGUCGCGCGUCCUCCAAGGGGGAAGCCAUCGCCUCCUCCCUGUUCGCGAUGGCCAUUUCGGCGUAUCCGUCACUCUCCAGCCGCGGCUCCGAUUGGUUCAGCGUCACGAACACCUCCCCGCCCUCCAGAGUCACGGCGUGGGUGCGCUGCUUCCGCCCCUUGGAACAGACCUUCUGUGGGGCCGUCUUGUCCGGCACUCCCGCCGGCGUCAUCUGCAGGGCCCAGUAGAGCCCCUCGCCGGUGUCGAGGGUGAUGCGGUACUGGUGCCACGGGCACACGACGCACGGGUGCCCGCCCAUCUCCUCAAUGUCGCCCUCCAGCAGCGGCCCACCGUGGUGGUAGCAGGCGUUGUCGAGCGCGUAGAAGCGUUCCUUGUAGCGAAACACGACGACGUUGCGUUCGUCGCAUUUCACCAAUUGCCGGCUGCGUUCUCUAAACGACGCCGCCGGCCCGACGUGAAAUCGCGCCGGUGUCGCCAUUGCCACGUUUCUCCCGUUGUCGCACACAGCCAACACGGUGGGUCCAUCCCACCACCUGCUUCCGGCAGCGCGAGACGGAAGAACAGGAACGGGAGAGAAAACAGUCGGGGACAGAAAGAAACCCAAUAA